UGUGAGCGGAGCAUAUAGCGGAUCUGUAGAAGACUGAAGUUGGAGGGUGAACAGGUGGAGCACUGGCACCAGCAGCUUCAACAGUCCAGCGUAUUUACUUCAAAGAGACCCGGGUGAGAGCCCAGACGCUCGAAUGCAUUUAUCACUGGAUACCAUGAGCAUGGUGGACGACAGCUGCCUCUCACCCAGCAACUUCCACGAAAUGGGGAAAGGUGGGGGCUUCGCUGCGGGAGGCCGCGUCCACAGCAUUGAUGUCAUUCUUGGUUUCAGUAAAGACCAGGACCCCCUGCUCAGUCCUGCAGGGGCCUCGGGACCUCAUAAAGUGGACAUAGAAGGCCUGGCCGAGCCUGGAAAGCAGCAGGAGCCCUCGUCACACCCGUCCUACAGCGGGCACCUUUCCUCUCUGAGAAACGGCAGCACAGAACAGCAGCAGCAGUACCAUGAUACAGGCUUAUUCACAAACAAGUGUGAUGAGGAACUGAGUGAGCUGAGGAAGAGUGCAGACAGUGAUGAAGGCAAGUCUCCGGAGCCUUGCAAGGACGAUCAACCCAAGAAGAAACACAGGCGCAACCGCACCACCUUCACCACCUACCAGCUGCAUGAGCUGGAGCGUGCCUUUGAAAAGUCCCACUACCCAGACGUGUACAGCCGAGAGGAGCUGGCCAUGAAGGUGAACCUCCCUGAAGUCCGAGUUCAGGUCUGGUUCCAGAACCGCAGAGCUAAGUGGCGUCGGCAGGAGAAGAUGGAUGCCAGCACCAUGAAGCUCCAUGACUCACCCAUGCUGUCCUUCAACCGUCCGGCACCAGUUCACACCAGUAUGGGUCCCAUGACCAACUCCCUCCCCUUGGACCCCUGGCUGACCUCUCCCCUGUCCAGCGCCACACCGGUCCACAGCAUCCCAGGCUUCAUGGGUCCUCCUCAAGGCCUCCAGCCCAGCUACCCCAGCCACAGUUUCCUCAACUCCACUCCCCAUCCUCCUCAUCCUCAUCCUCCUCAUCCUCAUCCGUCCAUGGGUCAGGGGAUGCAGAGUAUGGCUCCUCCUCCUUACCAGUGUACAGCACCAUAUCCUGAUAAAUACCCACUGGAGGAUGUGGACCAGCGCAGCUCAAGUAUCGCUGCACUGAGAAUGAAAGCAAAGGAACACAUCCAAUCUAUGGACAAGACCUGGCAACCAAUGUGACUAACAAACCUGGCAGUCCAAGUGUGAGUAAUGGUGGGAAAGGGAGCUGCUGAAGUUUUUUCUUGGGUUUCAGGGUUACAGACAGAGUACAGUGUUGGAAAAGAUGGCAGUGACGUGUCUGUUAGAACAUGGAGCAAAGGAAAUGGAUUUUGAACUGUGAAGACUGAGGAUUCUAGGACUUUUAGUUUGGACUUUCUUGUUAUUUUUUUCCUGUUUUUUUCUCAUCUCAUGGGCAUGAAGCUGAAAAGUGAACUCUAAAUUGUUCAUUUUAACCUGUCCUCCUGCCAAUCUGUAGGUGUGUAACAUUGCUUUGGGUUCUGUAAACUGUUGGCAAACAUCUCCUUGGUGACCAUUGGUCUAAUCACAAUUUGCACCCCAGAAGGUGCUACACACAAAUAUCUUUAUCAAUCACAGUUUAUUACUAGCCAUAGGCAUUCUUCCGUUUAAUUGAAUAGGUAGGUCAGCCCAUAUUCAUGAUCAGGUUUUCAGGGGUAACAAAUACUUUUUUAUGUAAAAAAUGAAUAAUUUUGUCAGAGGACAGCAGUUCAUGAACACAUUUUAAUAUGAAAAAUCACCUAAAAGAAGAACUGCUGUGGGUAUUGUAAUUUUUCUCAUAAUUUUUUCCUCUCCUUGUGUCAACCAUCAGAUUGAUUGAGUCAGACAAAACAUCACCUUCUGUUGUUCAGUCUUUACUUUUCCCAUUUUCAUCAGCAUGUUUGUGUUUUUACUAAUUAAUCCAAUUGUCGAAUUUUCAUGGUUCAGCUAAUCAGAGUCUCUGAGUACUUUGGGAAUGACGGUCAAAUCUCAGUUUAAUGUGACAGCAGCUUUUUAAAGAAAAUCAAGGCACAUAACAAUAUUACUGACUGAGGCUACAAAAGAAAGUCUCUCUCAGUGAUCUCUUGAUUUAUAACAGCCAUGAUUUCAGUUCAUCUCCCACUUAUAGGAUGGUUUGUGUUGGUACUUACUGCCUGCCCAGUUUAGAUCUUUGAGCUCAUAACUUAUAGAUACCCUGGUAUGACUGGAGGAAGAUGAUAUCACAAGGUUUGCAGUUUAAAGAUAGAGGAAAUCCUCCCAGUUAUGGCGUCACAAUGUAUAAUACAGGUAAUUUUGUGGCAGGAAAAUGGACAAGAGUCAGAGAUAUGAUGGCACCUUCUGAAUAAACUGACGGGCUGAGAAUAUACCAAAAAUAAUCCUGCACGAUUAAAAUCUUUUUUUCUCAUUUGUGAUUAGAUAGAUAGAUAGAUUCUGUAAAGAAGGAAGUGAAGGAGGAAAGAAGGAAAAGAGGAAGCCUAGAGAGCGAAGUUACCCUCUUUUUGCUUGAGUGGCUGUUG